AUGGAUCGAAAGCAAAAUGAAAAUUUUAAUGAAAAAGAAAUUCAAAGUUUUUUUAAUGAAAUAGACAACUUAUUUAAUGAAGAAGAUAAUAAUAAUUCUGUGAAAAAAGAAGAUGAAUUAAAUGAAAAAUGUUUUCAAUUAAUUAAAAAAAAGAAAGAUAGUGAUAAAUUAUCUAUUCAAUCUAAAUUAAAUUUAUUCAUUGAAGAAGUAGAAUUUAUCAACAAUGUGUUAGAUACAUAUGAAAAAGAAAAAGAAAAAAGUGAAAAUGAAAAUUUUUUGAAGAAGGAUGGAAUUAAUGAAUCUGAAGAUAUUUUAAAUGAUCUAAUUUAUUUAGAGUUGGGUUUAAAGGAUUCUGAAAAUACAAAUGAAACCAAAAAGCUAUUAAUAAAAAUUAGUGAAAAUUUAUAUAAAAUAAAAAGUAAAGAAUUUAUUUUAACAAUUAAGAAAUCGUUAGAUAUAAGAAUAAAUGAUUUUCGGAAAAAUGAAAUUAGUGAAGAAUAUUUUUCAAAAAAAAUAAAUGAAAUAUAUUUAGACACAAAGAAUCAGUUAGAUCAUGAAAUAGCUGAAGAAGAAAAAAAAUCGAAAGACAAUAUUAUUGAGAUUUCAAAAAAUAUUUUAAAAGAUUCAACAAGCAACUUAGUGGAUAUGAACUCAGAAAGUAAUUUAAUUCAAUCAUUUCCUUUGAAAGAAUGUAAUAGUAAAAUUUAUAAAAAUGAAUGGGACACAAUAAAUACAAAUGAUAAAAUAAAAGAAAAAUCAACAAAUAAUAAAAAUGCAGAUAAAACAGCACAUACUAAAAAGAAUAAGAAGGAACAAAAAAUAGAAUCAUCUAACUUUUUUCAUAAAAAAAAAUUAAAACUAGUAGAGAGAUGGAAUAAAGUAGCUGAAGAAACAAAAUUAUUGAAUGAUUAUGAUUCUAGUUAUUAA